AUGGCCGAGAAGAGCUUGUCUAAGGAGACACGCGUUCCGACUGCAGCUCACGACGCAUCAGACACAGAGGCUACUGGCUCUGAUGUUGAUGUUGUCGUGAAACCUGUGCAAACCUGGAGAGGAUACAUUUGGGACACUUGGGAUCUCCCCCCUGACCAACGUUGGAUGUUGUUCAAAGUUGAUGCAUUCGUUCUUACAUUUGCGUCUCUUGGUUACUUUCUCAAAUAUCUGGACCAAAACAACAUCAACAAUGCCUUUCUCAGCGGAAUGAAGGAGGAACUCCAUAUGUACGGAAAUGAGUUGGUAACAAGCACAUCUAUCUGGACUGUCGGGUAUGUUAUCGGACAAAUUCCGAGCAAUCUCCUCCUCACUCGACUGUCGCCUCGCUGGGUCAUUCCUAGUCUGGAGGUUGGUUGGGGAAUCGCCACUUUUGCCACUACAGCUGUCCACUCUCACUCGGCUUUGUACGCUUUACGGUUUCUCGUAGGAUUUUUCGAAUCAGGGUUCUACCCCGGCAUUCACUACAUGCUUGGAUCUUGGUACACACCCCGCGAGAUUGGAAAGCGGGCCGUCAUGUUCUGGCUGGCUGGGUCCAUUGGCACCAUGUUCAGUGGCUUCUUACAAGCAGCAGCAUAUACAAAUCUCAAUGGCGUUCAUGGCCGUUCAGGAUGGCGUUGGCUUUUCAUCAUUGAUGGCAUCAUCACUCUGCCACUCGCAUUGCUGGGCUACGUGUUUUUCCCUAACCUACCUCAGGACGGCAAGAGAACAUGGUGGCUGACGGACAGAGAGCAACAAAUGUCUCAGGCCAGAAUGAAAGCUAUUGGAAGAGCGGGCAAGGAACCGUGGACAAAGGCCAAACUCAAGAGGAUCCUUUCAAGCUGGCACUUUUAUCUCCUCCCUAUGUGUUAUGUCGUCUGGAAUAAUGCUGGCUCACAGAACGCAAUGGGAUACUGGUUGAAGAGCUUCAACGCGAACCCUCCCCCGGUUCCCGGAGUCUCCUUCACCGUCCCACAAAUCAAUCAGCUGCCUCUGCCAACCACCGGGAUCUUUAUUGGUAUGGCUUUGAUUUGGGCUUGGCUCUCAGAUGGCCCUUUCAAAGGACGCCGGUAUCCCUUCAUCUACGCUGGUGCAGUCGUACCGUUCAUUUUCAACAUGGCUUUGCUUAAAAUGCCCUUAUACACCAACAUCGAGGGCCGAAAGAUUGUGUACUGGCUAGAGAAUAUAGGAAAUGGUGCCGGUCCCCUAAUUCUGAGUUGGAUCAAUGAGAUUUGCUCGGCAGACACUGAAAAACGAGCUUUGCUUGUGGCAAUGGGCAACGACUUCGCUUAUGUUGUCCAGGCUGUUGCUCCAAAUUUCGUUUGGAAAACCACCGAUUUCCCGGCGGCGACAAAAGGUUACACAUGGAGCUGCACACUGAAUGGGUUGUUAAUUGUGGUAACAGGCGCAAUUCAGCUACUUUUGUGGCGAGACAGGAAAAAGGAGGCCCAGUUGGCUUUAAUCGAAAACCGGGGCGAGGAUGCUGAAGAUGCUGAGCAGGCAGAACAGCGAGAUGAGAAGGUUGUUGCUGUCGAGCAGGCCAAGACUAUUGCAUAG